AUGGCGUGGAAGUCCAGCCGCACUUUCGUGCCCUUCCGCUUCUUAGACCUUCCGCCGGAGCUGCGAAACCGAGUCUACUGCUAUGCUCUGGAGAGCGCCGAAGAGAUCGGUCUUCAGCAACCCUCUUGGAUCGAGGGCCCGCAACCCAUUCGUGGUAAGUUCGUAAAGGGCAUAGUCCGCUGGUGAAGCGGUUAUCAAGGACAGAUCGCAUGCGGAGGCGUAGAGCUUCAUUGUUCUCGUUGUGGUUGUAUCGUCGCUUUCUUGGAUCGAAGUGAGCGAGCCACGUUCUCAUCAAGCCGAUUCCUGGAUAUGUCGGACUCGGAAGGCGUGAGAGGCCAGCUGGGAUCGAUUUCGUGGUCCAAAUCACCGCUUUCGAGUCGCCAAAGGUCUUUGAAACCCGCGCGUGUUUUGCUCUCACGCCUUCUCCGACUCGACCCUCAUGUCCCGAGCCGCAGGCGGGACUCUCCGCCUAUGAGUUUUGCUUCUUGAUUUCUGAGAAAGCGGCUGACCUUCCAUAUAGAACCUCCAUCUCGCCGCAGCGAAAAGCUCACCAUCCAGCUCCUCGCAACCUGCAAGCUGGUUCACAAGGAGGCCACCCCUAUCCUCUACGCAAACAACACCUUCCAGCCUCUGCCAGACAUGCAACUCCGUCACUUCCUGAACCAAAUCAAGACCUCCUCCAAGUACCUACACCAUAUCGGCAUCACCUUCCACGAGAGCUACUCGCGCAAGGACUUCGGGAAACUCCUCACCCAGGUCAAGAAGCUCGAACAGCUCGAAACCCUCACGCUCGACCUCCUCUAUGGCAGCGGAGCUAUGCGCUUCGCAGAGAUGUUCAAGACUCCAGAGGCUCUAGCUCGGACUAUGGGGCCGAUGCUGCGUGGAUUGCAUAGAGCACAGAAGAAAGACAAGGAGCGGAAGAUGCGGGGUGUGAUCGGAGUCCUCCAGAUUUGCGUCCAGAAUCCGGAGAAUGACGCCCAGGACGUUGAGCAAGUGCAAGAGAAGUUGUUGAGGCUCAAGGACGACGCGGUGGCGAUUGUGGAGAAGACGUUGGAGAAGCCCGGGCCCUUGAAACGCAAUUUCUCUUGA